UUAACACGAUCGGUUGUGAUUAAUUUUGGACACAUACUAGUUUGAGUUGGUCCAUCAAAUUGUCAAACCAACGGCGCUGCUCGAUGUGAUGGCAUCGUGCAUCGACUGCUUCGGCCUGCAGCCUGCCUCAAAACCGGAAGUAGCCGUCUGUGUUUACGGUUAGCACGAGCUUCACGCAGAAGCUGAAAAUGAACCAACUGCACAAUGGAGACGGAUUCAGCGGCCUUACAUUGCACAAUUUUUCCGAAAGAAUUAUGGAGCAGACCGUCCACUUCCACGUGAUGAGGCUCAGCGGAGGGUUCUUCCUGUGGGUCGGUUCGGCCCCGGUUCUGUCCAACCUGGCGGUGUCCAUGAGCAGCAGAUAUGAUUCAACACCCUUGUCAUCGUUAUUGAUGGGGGACCCGUCUGAUACGGCUGCAAAUUCUUUGGCACAAAGAUUAGCAAAGAGGACCAAAAAACAAGUAUUUGUGAGUUACAGUCUUCCAACGACAGACUCCAGCCUCACCCUGUUGGUGGAAAACCGCAUCAAGAAGGAGCUGGAACUUCACCCUGAGCACUUCUAAACUCCUCUGAAAGCAGCACAGCCUCCUCUUCAUCAUCCACACUGACGCACAAAAACCAGGACAAACAUUCACAUGGAGUGACCUUUUAUUGACAUAAUAAAUUAAGUGGUUUAUUAUCAAAACAUGUAGGCCUAUGGCUUUUUGUACAAAUGCAUCUUAUUAAAAAAAUAACACUUAGAAAACAGCGUUAGUGGUUGAGUUUUUCAUUCUUUUUUUGUUUUUUUUGUUUGAAUGUUGAAAGAGGAACUACGAAACCAUACAGGGCAUUUUAUACAUGUGCUAUGGAGUAAAUAUGGAUUUAAAAAAUGUAUGUUUGGACCUGUUGUAUGAGGGAAAUUAUUCAUGAGAUGGUUUCUAUUUGUUGUGCUUCAGACUCUAGGAAGGUUGUGCUCCAUACAUUAUGAAUGAAUGAAUGGAACAUGUACAAAUACCUUACAUUUUUAUGCAGUCCUAAGGGAAACGGUAUGAAUAUACACUUGUCACGACGAGGCUGUGUCUAUACUGCUCUAUUCUAAUCUUCACAAACUUUUAUAUCUUAAAAUAACAGUGAAAUAUUGUGCUUUUGUAGCUAUAGUUACAGAUCUGAGGAGCAGGAGAACAACAUUACACUAGUACUGAGAACAAGGACUGAGAGCUGGAGUGGAAAUAAAGGAGGUAUUUCAAGCAAAACAAUUGCUCUUGGCAGCAUUACAAAAUAAAUACUGGAUUUCAUUAAUUACUUUUUGCCUCUGUUUUGUUAAAAGCACAGAGCCGUUAUGAUAAAGCCAUUAAAAUACUAAGAUGCAUCAUAAGACAUUCAGCAGAACACUGACCAACAGGCCCAUCUAAUGUCCAUUCAGCUCUCAGAAUUAUUUUAUCACUAGUCUCUAAAAGCAAUACGUACAGGAUGCGCCAACAGUCACGGGACACCAUUUUAUUAAAGAAACUGAAGGGAAAAUCAUCCAUCUGAACAUCCAGCUGGUUAAUGGGUGAGGAGGCCGAUCUUUAAGGCUAUGUCCGGAACAUGGCUGCCAUCUUGAAUCAAGUUUUUCCGGUUGGAAGGUGGUCAUGUAGCAUAUCAAAGAACAGUGGAAGUGUCUCAGAAAUCCGUUUCCGUCAUCAUAUUGUAAAAGUCUCUUGUGGUUAAAAACAUAUCUGGUUUCAACAACGGCUGAAAACAUUGCCUGUGAUGCACGAAUUAGCCAUUUACUAUGAAGUCAAAUAGGUGUGCAUCACUUUUGAACCACAAUAGAUAUUUCAAAUCUGAUUAUUGGAAACAAUUUCCCAUAAUGAGGCAAUCCUGGUCUUUGAUAUGUACCCUCUCAUAGGAAAAACUUGCCCUCAAUCCAAUAUGGCGGCUUUCAGGGUGGCUCGAUAAAGGCUUUUGUGUGUUCAGAUAUGUCAUUAUCCCUUUUGUUUCUUGAAUACAAAGUUGUCCUGUGGCUGUUGACUCACUCUGUACAGUCUGCUGUGGGGUCCGGCUGUUGGUCUGACCUCCAUCAUACACCACAGCAGAAGCACUGUUUACUUCAAAAUCAGCGUCCACACUGACCUCAACUCUGAGGAUAAAGUGACUUUGUUUAGAGACCGCAACUGAAGAAGGAAACCGUAAUAAUAAUUUGUGCCCUUUCAUGCAAAAAUAGUGGUAGUGUUUCAGCCAAACCCUGGAUCUCCAACGUGUUGGCUUCAACUCACAAACGCUUGAUUGUGUCUUUGACAUUUAGUGCAAAAUAACUUAGAAAGACUCCAGAUAUGCUGCGAAAUCCUGUUUCAGCAAGUCCAAACUACACACAGAAAACUCACGGGGCACUCGGUUAAUCCUCCGACUCCUCCCUGUGCCCGCCCGUUUUUUCUGCAGCACGAGAAAAACCACCAACACCACAGAAGACGCUCCAAUUAUUCAACGCACACCGACUUCAAAAAACGUGGUCCUAUAGAAUCGUAUUUUUUGGCAACUCCCGGAUGAAUCGUUGUCUAUACAAGGUACAGAAAUUCACUAUCACCGUCAUCAUGUCAAACCUCACUACAACAAGAGUUCAUCUGGUUCAUCCGAAU